CCUUGCGACCGUCGUUCCCGUCGUCACUUUCCGUAUUCAGUGCAUGAGCGAAACUUACCUUCCACAGAGAGCGGCGCUCCAGCGCGGCCCAUAGUGCUUCGUCUCAUCAUGUCCUUUGGUUACAGCAUCGGCGACGUUAUCAAUCUCGUCCAGAUCUCCGCCCGUGUCUACGUUGCUUUCAACGAUGCAAACAACUGCUCCGAGUCCCAGGUCGUGGGACUCGUGCGCGAGUACACUGCUUUCCAUCAUUGCUUGGUCGAGCUAGCGGAGCUUAUGAAGGAGUAUGGAAAGCCGCUUCCCUUCUCCUAUCAUGACUUUCAGAGCACCUUGGAGCGCUGCGAAAGCACAAUCGAGCCCUACAAAGAGAACCUGGUCGACCGUAAGAUGAGUGUGAAGAAGUUCAUAUACACCAUCAAAUACAUGGGCAAAGAGAAAGAGAUUGAGAACCUGCGCUCUUUGGUCAACGGUCACUGCCAGUCCCUGCAGUUGUGCAUCAGUUUCUUGAACUUACGUUUGCAGGUGGAAGCCACGAAACAAACACAUCGGCUGCUGGAUAUGGUGCCUUUUCGAUCUGUAAGCAUUGGUGGGCAAUAUUACACAACCAACGCCAUCGGCAGUUCCUCCCGAACUGAACCUCUUGCGCUACCCCCUCUAUCUGAUGCCGAUCAAUUGUACAAAGACUAUCUGAUCUUCAACCGAUGGCUGAAGAGUCAGGAUGAACAGCUUGUGGCAGAAGGGGGCACUCUAAACAGGCCGCUGUCCCUCGGAGACACACCUUCAGCAGCCCCAAGUCGGGAUGAUCAAACGGACGCCGUUUUCUAUCAUCUCCGCCGUGAACUGGAAGAUGCCAACGCAAUCGCGGAGAAUCGUGCGAAGCGGACCGCCGUGGGAAAGAGAACUCAUCUCUCACCCAGUGAAGCGGUACGUCAGGAGGUCAGAAAUACUCCUCCAGCUCCCCAACGGACAUAUACGCUCGACACGGAUCAUUCAGGGCUGUUUUCGCGGUUUGAAAAUUACGACACUUCCAUGGUGGACUCGACAGCGACCAUCCGCCUAUCGCCCCAGCAGACGUCGCAAGCUGCUUCUCCGUCAGGCAGUCCACAGAUCCCAUCAUCGAAUUUUGAACCAAUCGAUUGGGGUCGGAUUUCACCAACGGCAUCUCCAUCAUCCUCUAGGCCUCAAGCUGUUCCUGGACGUACCCCUUCUGUAUCAACCACAUAUUCCGAUCUCAGUACAUCUCCUAGAUCGCAUUUUUCAACCGGUCCAGGUAUUAGUACUGCGGACACGAGCCCCGAGGAUGUGGGUCGCUCUCUCCGACGAAGGAUGUCGGCUGCAUCAUUGAUGAGCAUUGCUCUUGGACCGGGAGCCUUGCAGUGGAACAGACUGUGCCACAAAGUUGUUGUUGAGCGAACAACGAUGCGGGGUGUUGACAGCAGAGUAUGUGAUCUACAGUGGCGAUUUCGAGAUGACGCCGGAAUCUCGAUUCGCGCUUUGUAUCGGUCGUCGACCACAAAAGAGGUCAAGACGUGGACUACACAGCAAUUUCUGGCUACGGGGCCCAGUAUCCCUUUGACCACGUCGUAUCGGGAUGGCGACGUUUCGAUCGACUUCCCACGAUCGUCCUUCGGAAAGUUGGACAAGGGGUGUUUGGACGUCAAAUAUACCAUCACCGGCACCGAAGCGAGCGCUCGUUUCCAGACGUUGCUUUACACCAACAAUGGCAAGGACCCCGCAGAGUUGCUGUUCGAUCGCCCCAUCUCGACAAUCUCAUCAGACUUGAACAAACCAGAGUGCCGUAGUAAAAAUUUGAGACUGUGGAAGAGGAACGAGAUACGGGUGGGGCUCAAUGGCGUUGAAACUAUCGAAGUUCUCGUCAUUCUUUUUUACACGAGCGCGCUUGAGGACGAAAAAGCGCACUGGGUGGAAGAACCCCACUACAUAUUUCAAUGGCUUGACGCCUCGGUAUACAAGCGAAGUGCGGCCAGGGAGAAGAAAUUGCAGCUCAUUGUGUCCAAAGAUCCUGGGAGAUGGUCAAGACAUAAGGUGCGGAGAAAUUCAUCCAAGACCUCGGAAAGCAGUGUGAAUCAAGAAACCGGAGGCCGCCCUGGCACGCUCAGACGCGAAAGCACGGCGUCCUCAGCCAAGUCAAUGUUUGGGGGCAAGAAGCCAAGCGGGGCGGGAAACCUCAAUCGCUUCGGAUACUCUGAGCUCGAAAUCAAGUUCCAGUCCGAGUUGGAUAGGAUGGAUUUUUUGGAGAUUUGGCAGAGAUUUGUUAAGCCUCUAUAG